AUGCUUCGGAUUGUUGUGAUUGUGUUCGGACCACCGGGAGUGCACUUAGUGCGGGAGCUUGGGUCUCUAUUUUCAUGCCAUCGCGUAGUAGGAGAAUAUUACCGGGUGUGCAACUCUGAAGACGGCUCCGCCUGUGUCCUUCAUAGCAUAUUUUGCGCCCAGAGGCGACUUAUGCCCUCUCUACAGACUGCAGCCAACUUUGAUGGUCGCUUCUCGGCAAUGACGGCACGGAAGCCAACAGCCAUCGGACUGCUAACACUUGAGCUGGAAUCGCUGCGAUUUCAGGAGGUUCAAGCUGAUUGGAUAGCACACUCUAAAGAUGAAGGGGGAGAUCUUAACAAUUGUCAUCUUGCUGGUUAUAUCUCUGCAAUGCGUGGACUCAUAGAUGCGGAUUGUCGAAAAAGGCUUAAUAGACUGAAUAUCUGUUUGUUCACCCCAGCUCUUUUGUUUGGAAAAGUUGCUUUCAGUCUCACACCAGAUACAUUGAAGAGCUUAUGGGUUGUUCCAGUAGGAUUCUUUCUUGUUACCGGGUUAUCUGCUCUCGCCGGUUUAAUACUUUCAGGUAUCUUUAGAGCGAACACAAGCCAGAGAGCCAUCAUUGUGUCUGGUUCAAUGUUCAUGAAUACCAACACUAUUCCAGUGGCUCUGAUACAGAGUCUUUCAAUGUCUCUGCCGAUCUUGAAAUCAAACCCGGAUGACAAAGCCGAAGAUCAAUUAGCAAGGGCUCUUUCAUAUCUGUUGGUAUACGGACUUCUGGGAUCAUUUGUGAGGUGGUCGCUUGGGGUCAAACUUUUUGAAUCAGCCAAUGAAAAAAUGGAACAGAUGCUAUCAGACGCAAAACAUGUUCAUGAGAUCGACGAAACCAAGUCCAAUUCGAGUUUAUCGAAGCCCACUCUCACUACGCCCUCUUCGGACGGCCAGAAUCCCGUGUAUCUGCAUGAAAAUCUUGAUAUCACAAGCUCACUCACAUCACAAGCUCUACAAUCUCCGCUGAUCACUAGUGAAAUAAGGUCUCCGAAUGAAGAUACGAUACGGACACCUUUUUUGGCUCAAAAUGAACGCGGCUCAGAAAACUGUAAUUUUAAUUCGACUUGCUCCUGUGAAUCGUGUAACUUGAACAAAGGAACCAGAUUUGAAGAUGAACCGGCGUGUUUCCAAUCACCAAACAGAGGAUCUACACUGACAGAAAAGACAUUGGUCGACACCCCACCUAUCGCAAAAGAUCUCGAAUCCGAAGUCCCGAUAAAUGAUUCAUUCCAUCAAAAAAUAAGUAAGGGUUUUCUCCAGGUCUCGAAGGGCGUGAAGGACAUCUUGAAUCCACCGUUAAUUUCAGCCACGGCAGCCGUCAUUGUCGCGUGCAUACCACCAGUCCAAGAGUUUUUGGGGAAAAUAUCGCCUCUACGUCAUUUACUCAAUAUUGCAGGAAGCGUUUCAAUUCCUCUGACUCUGAUUGCUCUAGGGGCAUAUUUCUAUCAACCUCUGGCAUCUGAAAUCGAUCUAGAAUCAGCUACCCCUAUUUCGAAAAGUCCAACUCAAAUUUCUCAGACUCAAGGGGAAAACAAAACGAUAAUCUUAACUCUGGUUUCUAGACAAUUGAUCACACCUCUCAUCUUUAUUCCAAUCCUUGCAUAUCUCGUUAUUUAUAGUCAUAUUCUCGUAUUUAAAGAUCCUAUCUUUGUCAUGACGGCUGUAUUAGUGAUCGGUGGACCACCUGCGACCACUUUGGCUCAGAUGAGUUCAAGGACCUGUGCUGAUUUUGAUAGGAUGAUCUCACGGAUGCUUUUUUGGUCAUUCUCAUCUGUCACGUGCUGCACUUUAUAUACAGCAGCUUUCUCUUCGUUAAACGCGACUCUUCAAGAUUUCUUACCUUGA